UACCCAUCCAUUUUCACAACCUCCUUUUAAUUAUAAUUAAUUAAUCUCCUCCCAUUGCAAUCUCUCCCUUUAAUUACUCUUAAUUAUUAAUUAUUAUAUAAAUAUUAUCAUUAUUAUACACAUAUAGAUACAAUAUACAGAUGAGGAAGCUAUGCCCUAACAUUGAGAGGGAUGAUGGACUUGAAACGGUCCUUGAAGUUCCUAUACCUGAAGAAAUGUUCAAAAGCAUGGGUAACAACUCCAAUGUAAGAUUUCAAAAUAUGUUAACAUGGAUGAAAGCUCAAACUUCCGAUAAAUGGUCCGCUCCAAUCAUCGCCGGCCGCCUUAAUGAGUUACGUUUCCUUCUCUACCUCGUCGGAUCUCCUCUUAUUCCUCUUCAGGUCCAAUUAGGCCACUCCAUUCAUCGCCCACUCAAAGAUUGUUCAAUCCAAGCUUCUACGGCGAAGUACAUAGUUCAACAAUAUGUGGCGGCGACGGGUGGGCAGCCGGCGUUGAACUCGGUGAACAGCAUGUGCGUGACGGGGGCGGUUAAGAUGAGUGCGUCGGAGUUUCAAGAAAGCGAUGGGAAAGAGAUUGUUGAUGUAAAGAAAUGGUCAGAAGAAUUGGGGGGAUUUGUGCUUUGGCAAAAGAAUCCUGAUAUGUGGAGUAUUGAUAUUCUUGUGUCUGGCUGUAAAGUUGUUUGUGGUAGCAAUGGCAAGCUUUCAUGGCGUCAUUCCUCUAAUCAACAAACUCCCAUCUCUAAAGGCCCUCCUCGCCCCUUGCGCCGAUUUCUUCAGGGUUUGGAUCCAAGAGCAACAACCAGCUUAUUUUUAGAAGCAACGUGUAUUGGUGAGAAAAUAAUAGACGAAGAAGACUGUUUCAUAUUGAAACUAGAAACAAGCCCAGCAAUUCGUGAGGCCCAAAGUGGCCCAAAUUAUGAGAUCAUUCACCACACCAUUUGGGGCUACUUUAGCCAACGAUCGGGCCUAUUGAUACAAUUUGAGGACUCUAGACUACUAAGGAUGACCAACAAAGGAGACGACGACGUUUUUUGGGAGACCAGUACGGAAUCGGUAAUGAGGGAUUAUAGGUACGUUGACGGAGUCAACAUAGCUCAUAGUGGUAAGACACGUGUCACUGUCAUUAGAUAUGGAGAGCAAUCCGCCAAUCACAAGAGAGAGAUGGAAGAAACGUGGAAAAUCGAUGAAGUCAACUUUAAUGUUUGGGGUUUGACCAUGGAAAGCUUUUUGCCUCCCACUGAAUAUCAACGACGUCGUUAAGAGCAUUUUUGUUGUCGUUUUGUUUAAGUAUGCAUUUUUUAUUUUUUAUUUAAAAAAAAAAAGAAAAGAAAAUAAUAAUGUGUAAAUUUAUUAGGUUAGUUAGGUUUGUAUCUUUUCGUUGAGAAUUUUAGUUAAUUAUUUGGAAUGAAUCAAUCAUGAAUCAUCACAUGUAUCAAAGAAGUAAAAUCAAGAUGUUAAAUAGUUCUAUAAUUCGAGUUUAAAUUAGUAUAAAUUUGCAUUAUUUCCGAA